UCCAGUCUGACGAGAACCUGUGAAUCAUGUCAGCAGAGACUUUUUACUUUUACAUUUUAAGAUGUUUGAUGUGGUUUGUCUGCAGCUCUGACGGGUGGAGGUUAACAUUUCAGUGUCUCCACAUCAGGGACAAUAAAAUCAUUCACUCAUGUUUGAGUCUUUGUUGGGACAUGAAACCGGUUCCUGGUCCUGAAGGGACGUCCCGUCUCUGAGGAGAGGACGAGGCAGACGAGGUGACUCUGUUAUACAACGUCCUCCGUCCUCCUCCUGCCAGGGGACGGGGCCGGUCCUCCAGCCCCGUCCCCUGGCAGGACACCCUGCAGGAGCCCUGAUCUCAUUAGGGAGUUAUUUUAGGUGCUGCCUUGAUUCUUCCUCCGGGACCUAAGAGGGUUAGAAGUGCUGAGGUUUGUCCUGAGCCUGCAGAGUCAGUGCAGCCUGGAUGUCGGCGUCCGAGCCUCCUGCCGGCUUCGCCUCACACUUCUAACCGGACUCCAGACCCCUUCAACAGGCUGUCAGUGCGGAGGAACCGCAUCCAUGGGGAACCACGGCUCGAACCUGGACGACAUCCUGGCCGAGGACAUGCACCACUGGUACAACAAGUUCAUGCGGGAGUCUCCGUCCGGCCUCAUCACGCUGUUCGAGCUCAAGGCCAUCCUCAACCUGAAGGGCAUGAACGAGGACGCCAACAGCUACGUGGACCAGGUUUUCUUCACCUUCGACAUGGACGGGGACGGCUACAUCGACUUCGUGGAGUACAUCGCCGCUAUCAGCCUGAUGCUGAAAGGAGAAAUCAACCAGAAGCUGAAGUGGUAUUUCAAACUGUUCGACCAGGACGGCAACGGAAAGAUCGACAAGGACGAGCUGGAGACCAUCUUCUCGGCCAUUCAGGACAUCACACGGAACAGAGAGAUCGACCCCGAGGAGAUCGUGUCCCUCAUAUUUGAGCGGAUCGACGUGAAAGGAGAAGGUGAGUUGACCCUGGAGGAGUUCAUCGAAGGAGCCAAGGACCAUGAGGACAUCAUGGAGAUGCUGAAGAAGAUGAUGGACCUGACGCCGGUGCUGGUGAUCAUCGUGGAGGGUCGGGCUGACGUCCUCAGACAAAUGACAAAUUAAACCCAGGGACGUGACGGACUGUGAGUCCCGGCUCCUCGUUCCUCGUCCGUGGGUCAAAGGUCGAAUCAGACUGAAGACGAAUCAUCCACCUCACAAAAAUCUUUCCUCUGAUCCCCAGAGACGACACAAACGUACAGACGCUCGUCGGAGCCCAGAGCCUCAAACCUCCAGGAAUCAAACCUUCGGCCAAACUUCAGACUCUGAUUUUGGAAUUUGACAGAAAACUAAAAACUUCUCCUGAUGAUUCCAAAACACAGAAGCCGACAUGGCUUCAUCUCCAGUUCUCUCUCUUCUUCUCACUGAUUCUUUGAUCAGAUCGUCCCAGACUUCACUCAAAAAAACGUCAUUUUUAUCUUCAUCAUCAAAGUAAAGAAAUCAAAGUUUUCAGAUCGUUAUAAAAAACAAAAAUCAGCUCGACCUUCAGAAACAGAACGUUAACAUACGAGCAUCAAAGACUUUUCUCAGAUUAAUCAUCUCUGACCACAAGGAACCAAAGAACUAACUGACCCUUCAUGUGGACCCUUAAAGUCUGGUCCAUGGAGGGAGCUGGUCUUCAUAGAUCCAAACCCAACAACAAGUCCACGUCUUAGAAUGAUUGUUAACUUGCUAAAUUGCUAACAUGCUAACUAACAGAGUUGUUUGUCUAACGUAGCAACGGUAACACAGGAAGUCUGGACCAGACCAGGGACCAGACCAGGGACUAGACCAGGGACCAGACCAGGGACCAGACCAGGGACUAGACCAGGGACCAGACCAGGGACUAGACCAAGGACUAGACCAGGGACCAGACCAGGGACUAGACCAGGGACUAGACCAGGGACCAGACCAGGGACUAGACCAAGGACUAGACCAGGGACCAGACCAGGGACUAGACCAAGGACUAGACCAAGGACCAGACCAGAACUGUUGACUUUACGUAGAGAAACUUGGUUUUAUUCCAUGAAGCUUUGCUCUCAGGUUCACGUGAUGAACAUGAAGAAACCUCCACCUCUCAGACUCUUUCUGACCCAGUUCAGCUACGACCAGAGGAGCAAAGCAUGCUGGGAGCUGCUGAUCCUCUUAAUGCUGGAGAAGGUUGAGCUGGUUGAGCCGUAAUGGAGCAGAGUCACUUCAGAUGAAGCUUCUCCUCCACAGAGUCCAGAGCUGGUGCUGCGUUUAAAGACCGACCAGGCGUCCGAAAAACCAGAACUACUGUCGUCUUCCAGCUCUGAACCGAGCGGCGUCUUUAACCCUUUACAGGACUCUCACUGAAAUACGUGAAAUACGUCGUAGACUUCAACCCUGGAUUUAACAAAUAGUGUUAAAUCCAGAUGAAUGAACGUCUCAUAUCUGGUUCUGGUCUCAUGUCUGGUUCCUGGUCUCAUGUCUGGUUCCUGGUUCCUGGUCUCAUAUCUGGUUCUGGUCUCAUAUCUGGUUCCUGGUCUCAUAUCUGGUUCUGGUCU